AGGGAAGGUGUCGGCAUCCUCGGUAGCUGUUCUAGAAGCGAAGAUGGAGACGAACGGUAGCUCACCUGACAACUUCACCUGGCUGAACGACACCGACGGGCCGCUGCAGCUGGAAGCGGUCGAGUUCUCGGAGUCGUUCCGCGUGGGCCUGUCGAUCGUCCUCGGCACGGUGUUCGCGGUCGGGGUGACGGGCAACCUGGUAACGAUCCUGUGGAUCGCGCUCCGCGGACAGCCUAACAACACCAUGCGGACCUACGUGCUGAGCCUGUCCGCCGCAGACCUCGCCUACCUCCUCGGCGGGCCUUUCUAUCUCAGCUCCUUCCUGAUGCAGCCCAAGUGGAUUUACGGAGAGUUUGGUUGCCGGGUGAUCGUGAGUCUGGACAUCCUGACCCUGCUGGCCAGCAUCCUGACCCUGACCGUGACCAGUGUGGACCGGUUCCUGGCCGUGGUCUACCCCAUCAAGACCCUGGGCUGCCGGUCGGUGAACAGUGCCAGACUGUCGGUGGUGUGCGUGUGGCUGGUCAGUUUCGUCCUGUCUCUGCCCAUCGCAGUCUUCGCGCGGAUGGAUACAGAUGAAUUCCCGGAGAACUGCGUCAUCGACUGGCCGUCAGAGAACAGCAAGAGGUCCUACAUGACGGCGACGUUUGUGCUGGCGUUCCCCGUCCCCCUGCUGGUGGUGAGCGUGUGUUACGGCCGCAUGGUGACCAAACUCUGUACUGCAGUCGCGCCCACCUCCAACAGCUCCAAGAGCAACAAGGACAAACGGAGAGUCGCCAAAAUGGUCCUUGCCGUGACGGUGAUGUUCUAUGUGUGCUGGCUGCCGUUCGGAGUUCUCCAGCUGCUGUACUAUCACUCCGCCCUGCCGGCCCACUCCUCCAUCCUGUACGUACAGAUCAGCCUGGUCGGGCUCACGUACCUCAACAGCUCGGCGCACCCCAUCAUCUACCUGUGCGUCAGGGAGCGGAAGAAGAAGAAGGCCCGUACGACGGUGACACGGCUGCGCGGCCGGCGCACGGCGGAGGUGUCCCCGACCUCUCCUGACGGAGAGAUGCACCCCGUGGCCACCGUCUCCUAUGCCUUUUAAAGGUAUUUUUAAAUACCUUUAAUUGCAUUAAAAUGCAAUUUCAGGGCGGCUAAAUAAAACAAAAAUACUAGAUGAGAAAAUCUG